CGGGAUGGACGAGAGCAAACCCCUGAAGGUCCGGCUGACGUUCUCCGUGAUCCUGGUUGGCGUCUCGCUCCUGUUUGCAGCCGUAGUGACUGACCACUGGGCCGUGCUGAGCCCCAAAGUGGAGGAGUACAACGCCACCUGCGAAGCGGCUCAUUUCGGGCUAUGGCGACUCUGUACAAAGCGGAUUUUUAUGCAGGAGCAAGGUCCCAAAGAGAAGGGCUGUGGGCCGAUAAGCCUGCCAGGAGAACACAACUGCUCCUACUUCAAGCACUUCACACCAGGACAGAGCUCGGAGAUAUUUGAAGUAACCACCCAGAAAGAAUAUAGCAUUUCAGCUGCAGCCAUUGCCAUCUUCAGCGUCGGCUUUGCAAUCAUCGGAACAAUCUGCGUCCUCUUAUCCUUCGGGAAGAAGAGGGAUUACCUGCUGAAGCCAGCAUCCAUGUUCUACACCUUCGCAGGUCUCUGCAUCAUCAUCUCUGUUGAAGUGAUGAGACAAUCCGUGAAGAGGAUGAUUGACAGCGAGGAGACAGUCUGGAUUGAGUACAGUUACUCCUGGUCCUUCGCCUGUGCCUGCGCCUCCUUCGUCCUGCUCUUCAUCUGCGGCAUCGCCCUCCUCCUGAUCGCGCUGCCCCGCUUCCCCCAGAACCCCUGGGAGACCUGCAUGGAUGCGGAACCGGAGCACUGAGGUUCCCAGCACCCAUGAAAAAAGCCACAAAGUGUUUUGGAAAGAUUUGUAUUUUUUAAAAUGUCUGGGUCUCACUAUAUAACGUGCACUCCAUUAACUAAGCCAUGACUUAACCAAGGCAUGUUCAA